AUGGAUUUGUUAUGCAUAUUUUUGUACCUGGUUUUUGUCGGCAUUCAUCAGCUCGCGCACAUGCAGGAUAAACAAGAGUUUGUCUUUUACCACGUCCAGGAACUCUUGGAUAAGUUGGAGGUCUUGGUGUUGGACUUGGAGUUGGUUGAUCACCCCUCUCAUAUUCCUGUAUUAACAGAUGAUGAGUUCUCUAGUGAUAGUGACUCUGAUAUCGAACCUGAUUUACCACCAGGUACUAGUAAUAACCACACCCACUCAUUACAUUUAUCCACACCCACAGGUCUUGAUGGAGCAGCAUUUCAGAGUCGAUUACCAGCUAAUAAAUUAACUAAACAAGAAAUGGAUUUCUUUCCUGACAUAGCUAGUGGCUCACAGUCAGCCAUAAUGGAGUUCCUAUUUAUUCGCAACAAAUUAUUACAAGCUUGGUUACAAGAUCCACUUAAUGAACUCACACCAGAGAAAGGACAGUCUGUAGUCCACCUACCACAUCCAGGUAAGAGUAACUUAGUAAUGAGAACACAUGGUUAUCUGACGCGAUAUGGUUAUAUUAACUUUGGAAUCUUUCAACAACAGAACCCUCUAGAAGGUAAAAUGCCAUUUAAAGUGGUCAUAGUUGGUGGUGGUAUUAGUGGAUUAAUGGCUGCAAGACAACUCCAAUAUUUUGGUCUGGAAGUCACAAUUUUGGAAGCUCGAGAUCGUAUUGGUGGGCGUGUCCAUACAUUUCGUCGUGGUGCCUACUCAGCAGAUUUAGGUGCUAUGGUAGUCACUGGAUUAGGAGGUAAUCCUUUGGCUGUGAUCCGUAAACAAGUUGGACUCCAAAUGUCAAAGAUAAGACGUCGUUGUCCUCUUUAUUAUACCACAGGAGAAAUGAUCCCACGAGAACGAGAUCGUACUGUGGAGCUCGAGUUUAAUCGUCUCCUUGAUGCUGUGUCACACUUAUCUCAUCACUUACAAGUGGACCAAUUAAAUGGGCAACCCCUGUCAUUAGGACAAGCAUUGGAACUAGUUAUUCAACUUCAAGAAAAACAUACAAGAGAAGUAAUGAGAGAUCACUUAAAAAAUGUGACAGUUGCUCAAACUGACUUGAAACGUGUUCAUCAACAGCUAAUGGAUAUACAGCAUAAAAUAAAACAAUCUUAUCAAAGACAACAACAAUUAUUAGCAGCACAUAAACAGAGACAAGAUUUAGAAAACAAAGUUGAUGACGCUGAUGAUGCAGAUAUUCCUGCUGUCUAUCUCUCCCCAAGAGAUCGUCAAAUUUUAGACUGGCACUUUGCAAAUUUAGAAUUUGCCAAUGCUAGUCAACUUCUUUUAUCUCUACGUCACUGGGACCAAGAUGAUGAUUUUGAAUUUACUGGUGCUCAUUUGUGCUUGCGUGAUGGAUAUGAUGCUCUACCUAAGUCUUUAGCCAAAGGUCUUGAUAUUCGGCAAAAUACUGCUGUGUCUGCCAUUCAUUAUAAUGUUGAUGGUGUUGAGGUUCAUGCUCGUUCUACUGAGUCUGGAUGUUCCAGUAUAUUUAAAGCUGAUGCUGUAAUUGUUACUGUACCAUUGGGAGUAUUAAAAGCAGGUACUGUGACAUUUCAUCCUCCACUACCAGAAUGGAAACAACAAGCUAUUAAUAAUUUAGGAUUUGGGUUACUGAAUAAGGUUAUUUUAUGCUUUGAACAAAGGUUCUGGGAUGCUAAUGUUCAUUUAUUUGGUCAUGUAGCUACUAGUACUACAUCACGUGGAGAACUCUUCAUGUUUUGGCAUCUCAGUUUUACUCCAGUAUUGAUUGCACUAUUAGCAGGUGAUGAUGCUGUUAAAUAUGAGAGUUUACCUGAUGAUGUCAUUAUUGCUAAAGCAAUGGCCGUCCUCAGAUCCAUAUUUGGAGACGAGACAGUACCUGAACCUAAAGAAACUUAUGUCACUCGUUGGAGAGGAGAUGAGUACGCCCGAGGCUCAUAUACAUAUGUCUCAUCUGGUUCAAGUGGAAAUGAUUAUGAUUUUUUGGCAGCUUCUGUUAGUCCCACAAGAGCAGGCAAUAUAAUACCAAGACCACGUGUGUUCUUUGCUGGUGAACAUACUAUGAGAAAUUAUCCAGCCACAGUCCAUGGGGCUUUACUUAGUGGCUUAAGAGAAGCUGGAAAAGUUGCAGACUUCUUGUUGGGGGCAUCAUACACACCACGCCCACUUUCCUCAUCAGCAGAAGUAGCUCAACCUCCAGUUGCAUUGUCAGAACUGGUGCAAACAAUUCAUGCUUAA